AUGGGGAAGAAUGAAGGAGAUCUAUGGGACGAUUCAGCUCUCAUCGCUGCCUUCGACCACGCUAUUUUCACUUACAAGAAAAUGCAUAUCAGCGGCAAGAACAAAGACGCCUCCGCUCAAGAGGCGGAGACAGUGAUCGGAGAAAAUGCCUCCAAAGUUGACUUCACAAGUUCCGAUACUACAAGGGAUCCUGAAACGAAUGACCAUGUUCCAGCUACUUAUGUGGCUGAUUCAGGUGGGACUAGUAAUGUGACAAAACUGAAAGAGGAUCAUCACACAGAGUCACUGUUGGGCCAACCUUGCCUAGAUUCAACAAGUGGUCAGGGCAUCCAGAGUGGGCAGAACGGUUAUGCAUAUGCGGAAGGUGUAGAUGACUAUAAUCAGUUAGUUGCGCAGUACUAUGAACUUGAGGAGAAAAGGAUGAAGAUCUUGGAGCAACUCAAUCAAUAUGGCUGUUUGAAUUACCAAAAUGUGGCUGCUACUUCUAGUUCUGGUGUACCAUAUUCUAAUUCUGUAGAUUAUUCAAUGGCUGCAUACCAAGUUUCUGAUCCAAAAGCUGUCUGUACAUGUUGCCCGUGUUAUAGUCAAUGUCAGCCAGCACCAUGCACGUCAAUUCCUGGUUGUUCUUUGGGUGGAUUAUCUGUUGGCAAGCCUUGUAACAAUCCUUCUGUGGAAAUGGAUCAUAAUAAAUCAUUUCCUUGUGAAGAUGAUAAAAUCUGCAAAAUAGCAAUGGGAGCUGCAGAGAAGGCAUUGUCUACUAUUAGAACAACCAUAUCUGGCGAUUUUAAUGUAACUGAAGGAAAAGAGAUAAUUAACUCUGAGCCUGAAGAAAUUAAUGGCCCUGAAACGGAUCUUACUGCAGUUUUGAAUGCUUGGUAUUCUGCUGGCUUCUAUACUGGAAAGUAUCUUGUUGAACAAUCCAUUCAAAACAGACGACAGAUAUAA